AUGCAAUCCCAAUUUCACUACACUAUUACCUACUACUCUGUUCUGUUUAAAGAAUGUGGUGGGGUCUCAGAUGGUGGUGAUCAUCAUGAUGGUCGUGGUCAGUUUCCAGCUUGUGCACAAUAA